ACGAGUCGUAUCUCUGGAAGAAACUCUUGCACAACUUAAGGCGUGGUAUCACUGGUAUGACGUCGAGAUGGCCAAGGUUGCGGCCAAACGUGAAGAGGAGGAGAAGGUGAGGUGCGAGCAAGAGGCAGAGGCGCGAAGACUGAAGGAGAAGAAGGAAAGGGAAGACUUCCAGAAAGAAAUGAACGAUACCUGGAAUGCCAAGUUUGAGCUUGUGUGCGGUGCAGUUCGUGGGAGUAAGAGUGCUGGAGGUCAAGAUGAUGAGUUGGACAAGCUGAAGAAACAGGUCGAGUUACUGCAGAUCAAGCAGAUGCAGAAGGGAGACGCAGCGGCAGCAUCUACUAGUAGAUCGGUACCGGGGGAUGAUGCUUUCUUGGCACACUUAAUGCAAGAGAAGGAGUUGAUGAAGAAGAAGAUGGAAUCGACUUUGGAUUCGUGUAAGCGGAUGGCGGGGUUAGAAGACGAAUUACGGGCACUAAAGCAGUCGCAUGAUGAGGCGAUACGUGAAGCGGAGACCUGGAAAAAGGUGGCGCUCAAGUCUGGAAAUAAGCGUAGUCGUAUAGCUACCUCACCUUCGUCUCAGCUUAAGAUGCCCCCAGUCACUCCUCAACAUUCGCCGAGGAGGAUGGACAACAUUCGUCACAUGCAUAAUCUGGAGGUGGAGACUUUGAAGAAUCUGAGGCUGCAAGAAAUGAAUUGGAGAAGAGAAGCAGAGCAGGAGAAUGUUCGGCUCAAGGAGCAACUGGCCAAACAGGAGGCUGACAAGAGGUCGACUCCACAAUCAGCAUUCCACGUGAGACUUGACGAUGCAGGAGAUGUGGGUGGUACUGCGAGAACUACGGAAACCAAGAAAAAGAGCGGCGGUGCGGACGAGACAACAGAAGACAAUGAUCGGGAAGCUUUCAUUCGAGAGGCCAAGAAGGAAUUUUGAGGAAUGAGUUUACGGAGCUAUGUCUUAAAGAGGGCGUAAAGUACACUACGU